GCUAUGGCAGUAGACGGGAUACCAACGUCGCCGUUGGAGAAGCAACGAACUUUUCCGUUUCUUUUCUCUGUGAGGAAAACAAAAGACGGCGAAAUUUGAUAACGUUACUUGUCUUAUUUGUUGUUUAAUCGAUGCUGUGAAGUUUUAACACAUAAACAACGCUCUUAGGUGUUUAUUCGGCAACUUUUUUCUCAGUCUGUCUCCUUGUGGACUUCAGGACUCCUUGGUCGGUUUCAAAAUAAACAGCUGAUACAGGAGUGAGAGAAGCCACGCAGUUGGUGUGAAGAGGCUCAAUUUAUCGGCAAGAAAAGUAUGAGAAAGGCAGCUCUGUCAGAUGGAGCUUCGUCUCUUGGCGAAGCCUCUCUGUGUUACCCAUCAUGUGGCUGUCAUGACAUUGACCCUGAAGCCCCAGGGAGGCCUAUCUGCAGUUCUUUUAAUGGGGAGAAGCUGAUGAAUCCAGUUACUAGCUGUGGAGCCCAGGUGAAGCCUGUCCUCUCUGAGGGAUCCUGUGAAAAACAUGGACUCAACGGACUGAAGCCCCAGACCUGGUCCAGCUCUGUGAUCACUGAUGGACAGACUAAGUCAUGCCCAACCAGAAUUGUGCGAAUUUUUUCCUCCCAGCGCAAGUGCGGCAUGAUAGGCCCUGAGCAGACUUCACUUCGAGGCCCAAGCAAUGGCCCGCAGGCUUGGCCUGGCCUCUCCGGUCUCCGGGUCAUGGGCUCCUUCAAGAAGCUGCGCUCCUCUGUGCUCCAAGGCAUUCAGAACAGGGGCAGUGCAAUGGGAGCCAGCCAAGACAAAGACUUCUCCUCCAUAACCAGUGAGCAUGGCAGUGGUUUCUUGGUAACCAAACGAGAUCCUGGUCAGGUUGUUGGAGGCAGUCAGAGCAUUUCUAAGGAGAUACCCACAGUGACCAAUGGAGAAUCGAUAGCUGGACGGAAAGUUUCAGACGAGGAGGAUGAUUAUGAGGAGGAUGGUGGAGGUCCGAAGAGGAACUCUCAUUUCUCAAUGAGUAUACGCAGGGCCUAUGGAGCAGGACGUAUCUCCUUGUUGGACAAUGGAGCAAGGAAGCCAGAUAGUCUCACCGUUCAAGAACCUGCUUCUCAAUGCCGUCCUUGUAGCUCUGUGGAACUCAUUGGGCCUGAUGUGAUUCUCGACUCUGAAGAGAAUGUCAAGGCUUUGAGCAGACUAAGCAAAAGUGCUGACAACUUGCAUAUUUUCAAAAGCCCUUUCAAACGUAAAGCCCCCUCAGCUCAGCCCCAGUGUCCCAAAGCUUUUGGCACCCUAAAUAUCCAGAGAGCAGCUAGCGCAUCUUCCGUAGACAUGCAGGAACGUGGAGCAGGCCAGCGGAAAAAUCCCAUGGGAGUGCGGGGACAAAUGCUAAAACUUGUCGGCAGUUUAACAGAUAUUUCGGCCAAUCACAAGGCAAGUCCUUGUCCCAGCCCCAAGGCCACAUUGUCAGCUCUCAGCCAGCUCCAUGACAGCUACUCCCGUAGGACCCCUUGUGUACUCCCUAGUGAGCGCCAGCGCAGGCCUGCACCAGUGAACAUCCGGGCCUCCGACAGGCAGAAAAUACAGGCUGAUAUUCAUAGAUUCAUAGAUACCCCGGCCCUAAACCCCACCCCCUCAGUACCCAUCCUCUUUAGCUCGUCUCACAACGAGGCAGUUGAGCAUUCCAGCCCCAAAGCACAGUUCUCUGGUUCCCAUAAGCAGCUCCAAUCGACUUCACCAGGGUCACCUUUGCAUAUUCUUCUUAGUCCUGUCACAGGGAAUUGUGGGACUGAGGAGGAGCAACAGUAUGUGAAAACUGAGCACUGCAUGAGCCCCAGUCAGGAACAGACACAGAACAGCAUUAAAGUAAACUUAGAGUGUAUAUGGAAGACUCCAGAAAGAGAUGCUGAAAAUCUAGAGGCAGCAUCAUCAGAGGACGCAACUGCAGAUCUUCUAAAGCUAAACAAUGAAAGAUGCAAUGACUCUGUCUUUGCUAAUCCCCCUGUCACACCCACCUGUGCCUCAGAGUCACCUAUGGCAACCACACCAACAUCACCAGCCUCUGGCAGUGACACACCCACUUCUUCUGUGCCCAGGAGGAGAGCAGGUAGAUCCAGACCUCGACCAAUCUCGGAUUACGGCCAGCUGGUUUGUAGGAAGUAUUCUAUACCUGAAGAGGAAAUGGAACUUCAGGCAGAGGAGAUGGACUACACUUCUCAGGAGGACUGCAACAGUAAUGAGAGAUGCCCUGAAAGGGGCAACCAAGAGAAUGGUUAUGUGAAUGUACAUUUCGAUAACAAGAAGACACGACCCAUUUCGGUUAUUGGAGGAGUGGAUCUGUUUGCCUCUCCUGAUGAUAAAGAAGACACUGAUAGUCUCCCUUCUCGCGUUCCUCGGCCCCCUUUGCCCUCUCAUGGCGUUCCACCUUACAGGGCAGUGUCUGCCCGUCUGCGCCCCUGCGUCUUCUCCCAGAGCACCCCCACAGGGUUGGACAGGGUGGGACGCCACCAACUGCAUAGAAUCCUCAGUGAAGGAAGCUCGUAUGGCUGUCCAGGACAGGACGACAGUGUAAGUGAGGAGGACGGCAGUUUUGAUGAGCUUACUGAAGGAACACCAUAUCUGCAGCCAGAGGUCGAUCUGUCAACUCUCAACCAGUACAUCAAGUCAGGCCAUGCUGUGUACGCUGAGGCCUUGUGGGACCACGUCACGAUGGGUGAACAGGAGUUGGCCUUUAAGGCCGGGGAUGUAAUCCGGGUGCUGGAUGCCCAGGAGCAGGACUGGUGGUGGGGGAUGGUGGGUGAGCGUGAGGCCUGGUUCCCCUCCAGCUUUGUGCGAGUGCGUGUGAAUCAGGAGGAUUCAGGCAGUGAAAGUGUGGAGAGUUCUCUGGAUCAGGAGGAGCCGCUGUCUAAAGAGCCCCGCAGCCAGAGCUCUGAGCACCGAAAGCAGAUGAGGGCCAAUGUGGUCCAGGAGAUUAUGAACACAGAGCGCGUUUACAUCAAACAUCUCCGAGACAUUUGUGAGGGGUAUAUCCGUCAGUGCAGGAAACACCCAGAUAUGUUUACAGAAGCACAGCUUAAGACAAUCUUCAGCAACAUUGAAGAGAUCUACAAGUUCCAACGAAAGUUCCUCAAAGAUCUAGAAAAGAAAUACAACAAAGAAAACCCUCAUCUGAGCGAGAUAGGCUCCUGCUUCCUUCAGCAGGGUGAUGGCUUCUCUAUAUACUCUGAAUACUGUAACACGCACCCAGCAGCAUGUGUAGAGCUGCAGCGUCUGAUGAAGCAGGGACGUUACAAGCACUUCUUUGAGGCCUGUCGUCUCCUGCAGCAGAUGAUAGACAUUUCAAUCGCUGGUUUCCUGCUUACGCCUGUGCAAAAAAUCUGCAAAUAUCCUCUCCAGCUGGGCGAGCUACUCAAAUACACACCUAAAGACCACAGUGACUAUGAGGGAGUGUGCAAUGCCCAUGAGGCCAUGAAGAAUGUGGCCAGUCUGAUCAAUGAGAGGAAGAGAAGGCUGGAGAGUAUCGACACCAUCGCCCACUGGCAGGUGGCCAUUCUAGAUUGGGAGGGCGAGGAUGUAUUGUCGCGGAGCUCAGAGCUGAUUCAUUCGGGUGAACUGACGCGGGUAGUGCGGGCCGGUAAGACACAGCAGCGCAGCUUCUUCCUGUUCGACCAUCAGCUGGUUUUCUGUAAGAAGGAUGUGCUGCGGCGGGACCUGCUGCACUACAGAGGUUGUCUGGAUACUGACCAUGUGGAGCUAGUGGAGCUGCCGGAUGGACGGCAUCCAGACCUGGGCUCGCUUCGGAACGCCUUCGCCCUGCGCCAUGCGGAAAACCUGGAGGUGCUGUGCGUGCUGUGCUGCAGGAAGGCCCAGGACAAGCAGCGCUGGCUGCAGGCAUUCGCCCGCGAGCGCAGGCGUGUGAAGGAAGACCAGGAGAUUGGGAUGGAGAUUAGUGAAACACAAAGGAAGCAAGCAAUUCAAAAUGCCAGAAAAUCAAAGCAAGGCAAGCUGAAAAACAUUAAUUACUCUGGCCACCCCGUCCCUCUCCAUCACCAACCCCUGCACCCACUCCACCAGCGCCAUGUUACCGUGCCAACCAGUAUCCCACAGCAACAGGUCUUCUCCUUAGCAGAGCCAAAGCGUAAACCCUCCCAUCUGUGGUACACCUUCACGCGCACAGCCCUGUUCAGAAAAUGAGAACUGUCAAAACUCCGGUAACAUGAAGGUGCCUCAUAUGCAGCUCUGGUGCCAGUGAUGAAGACCCAGAGAGGAAGAGGGCAACAUGUUAAUGAACUCUGAAUGUAUGUUUAUGUAUGUGCUUGUAUGUGUUAAAGUGCCUGUAAAUACAUAUAAGACUCGCUGAAAAGCCUCCAGUCAUUCUCACUUCAUGUAUGUGAGGUGGAGGAUAAAGCGAGAGACCGUGCACAAGUCUUAGUGCCAAAAGUGUUUUCUUACAGUGUGUGUGUCGCUGGUGUGGUGAAGUGCUGCUUCUGUUGAUUUUUCUCGUCCUGUUCGCCACAUCAAAAUGUGUUGAAGACAAUGAUGCAUAUUCAUCAUGCUACAUGCCUUUAUUGUAUAGUUGUAUCUUUUUAUGUAAGGCUGGAACCUUUUUAGACCGCUCUUUAGGCAACCCAGACCAUAACACUAAUAAAAUAACCCUGUUCUGUAAAUGAA